ACUCUUUACGUUUCUUGUGUGGAAGCUGGCUCUUCCUCAUCACUUGUGUUUAAGAAAUUAGCGUAUUUAUUUUUUCAGUGCUUAUUUUCCUGUUUUCUAGUAAGAGCUCAUUACUAAAAAUGGAAUUACAUUUGCCUCAUACAAAUGGCGUACAUUCGCCUCAUACAAAUGGAGUAAACAUGGACUUACAUUCGCCUCAGACAAAUACGUACUCCGCCUUUGAUUUUGCAAGAACGUCAUGCCGUAGAUUAUUUUAUGAAGAUUUCAUAGAAAGCAAAAUGAUGCAAAAUGGCAUGGACGCAGUGCCCCAACAGAACGGCACUAUGCACACAAAUUCGUCAACGUCAUCAUCUUCAAAUUCACAUAAUUCCUCUUCGCAAACUAAUACGGGUGGACAACAAGAAGAAAGUAAGACGAAUUUGAUUGUCAAUUAUCUGCCACAGACAAUGACCCAAGAAGAAAUCCGCUCCUUGUUCUCGUCUAUCGGUGAAGUUGAGAGCUGUAAACUCAUCCGUGACAAAGUUACAGGACAAAGUCUGGGAUACGGAUUUGUGAACUACCAUCGUCCUGAAGAUGCAGAGAAGGCCAUUAAUACUCUGAAUGGCUUGCGGUUACAGAAUAAGACCAUAAAGGUUUCAUAUGCACGGCCAAGCAGUGAAGCCAUCAAAGGAGCAAACCUGUAUGUCAGUGGGCUGCCAAAAAAUAUGACGCAGCAGGACUUGGAAAAUCUGUUCAGUCCGUAUGGCAGGAUAAUUACUUCACGAAUUCUUUGUGACAAUAUCACUGAAACCAGCGAAAAAACAAGCAGUUCCGAGCCAGAAUCCAUGGAGCCUACUUCCUUAACGCUCCGCCAAUUUGUCAGUGGAGCCGGAGACAGUUUACCCUGUCUGUCUAAGGGUGUUGGCUUCAUUAGAUUUGACCAACGUAUUGAGGCUGAACGUGCAAUCCAGGAACUUAAUGGCACUGUUCCAAAAGGUUCCACAGAAGCCAUCACAGUGAAAUUUGCAAAUAAUCCAAGCAACAACAACAAAGCAAUCCCUCCUUUAGCAGCUUACUUAGCUCCUCAAGCUCGGCGAUUUGGCGGACCGAUUCACCACCCGACGGGGCGCUUCAGGUACAUUCCACUGUCACCACUCUCCAGCAGCCCGUACGGACUGCCGCUGUGGCCUGAUGCAAGAGACUGCACUGGCAAGACCAUGCUAGCCAUAAACAAAGGCUUACAGAGGUAUUCACCGCUAGCUGGAGAUCUGCUUGCCAAUUCAAUGCUACCAGGAAACGCUAUGAAUGGCUCGGGAUGGUGCAUCUUCGUGUACAACUUGGCACCGGAAACAGAAGAAAAUGUCCUGUGGCAGCUGUUUGGCCCAUUUGGUGCAGUACAGAGUGUUAAAGUUAUUAGAGACCUCCAAACCAACAAGUGCAAAGGUUUUGGCUUUGUAACGAUGACAAAUUAUGAUGAAGCUGUAGUAGCUAUCCAGUCACUAAAUGGAUACACUUUGGGAAAUCGUGUCUUGCAGGUGUCGUUCAAAACAAACAAAAGCAAAACCACAUAAGUGGCUGAAAGAACUUGUACAGCUGCUGUCACAUUGGCUGCUGUAGUGCAUUUUGCGUGACCGUGCUAGUCAUAAGCUGAAGCAGGUGAGAAGGCUGCACUUGUUUAAUAAUGAUCACUCUAUGAAACCAGGAAUUGUGGACCUAAUAAUUGUUGGUGAUUAGUCCAUUUGGUUGCUAGAUUUCCCUUAUCCUCCCUGUUCAUCCUUGUUCCCUUUUCCCAUCAGCCAUUCCAAUCCCUGUGUUCUUCGCAGUUCCAUAGAGUUUUUAGUGUAAUUUCUGAAAUAAUUUUUGGAACAAAUGCAGCUUUCCAGAAGGGUUAACUUUCCAGGUGUAUUAUGGUUUUAUUGCCCAAUAAUAUACUUGACUAUAACAGAUAAAACGCAGCCAACUUUGAGCUAGUCAAGACUAGUGCAAGUCAUGUGUUUCCUAAAGAAAGGUGUAUGAGGAGCAAAGUGGCAUUUUAUAAAAUCCUCCUCAUUCUCCUUGGUGGCAAUUCUAGACAUUUUAUUGUGUAAUUUAUUAAAUAUUUUAAUCGGUAAUGUUACUCAAGCUGUGUGCAAACUGGACAUUCGAUACUUCAGUGUCCAGCAUUGCAAGCCAAAGAAUAUGUUGUAAACUAUAUCUUAAGAUAUAUGAAGCAGCUAUUAAUGCUAUCAUUUUGUAGGAAUAUACAAAAUAUGAAAUUUCUCAUUCUGCACACAAUUCUUGUAACAUUGCUGGCCAGGAUGUACUGGCCCAUUCAUAUAUAUAUAUUUAUAUAUAGAUAGAUACAUAUUUUUUCUUUCUUUUUUGUGUGUGCAACGUUUGCGUUCAUUUUUAACAAAACUUAAUUCAUCCAUUUGUUUUUUGAUAUAGUUAACCUGCAUUAUGUAAUUAUUUUCUAAUUUAUGUUGCAUAUGGUUCUUACUUUUUGCCAGAAGUUGGCGAACGCGCAUGCGCGCGGGUACGUACGUACACACACACACACACACACACACACACACACACACACACACACACACACCUUUUUUCCUUGGAGGUUUCUACCCUUUUUUAUUUUUUUUAAUUUCAGUUAGUGUCAAGGUGACCUACUGUCUUUGUAAAAUUUGGCUGUUCCCAUGAAACUUCAGUGUGUUACUUCAGUUGAUGGUAUUUAUUAUAAUAAUUUUUUACAUGAAGGGAUAUAUUCCACAACCCAUGCACUAACUAAUAUUCCUCCUCACGGUAAAGUAACUGGAAUCCUUCUCUUCAUUUGGCACUGUUUUAUUGUUCAUGGUUACGCAAUUUCUUUUCAUUUGCAUAUUGUUUUUUUUUUUUUUUUUUUCUGGGGAACCACACAGACUUGCACAAAUUUAUUAAGUAAAUAAAUAAUAUAAAUAUUGAAAAUAAAUCAGGUAACCUAUCAAAUAUGCUGCCCAACUUGAUAAGUCAACUUCCAUGAAAGAAAUUUAUUUUUAUAAGAACACUUAUCAAAUUUAACAAAUGAUGCAUUCCUAGUGGGCGAAAGGAUUUUAAAUGAAAGACAUGAAAAGUACGAAGAAAUUUAAUUAUAUAACGAAUGAGACUUUGUAUCUCUUCAUCUUCUUAAAGUUUAUAUAGUGUCAAGAUAGUUCCCAUUUCACUAGGAGUUUCCGAGUUAGGCGUGCUCAGCAGGAGCACAAGGCUGGCCGGGGCCUCCAUUCUUCCGGCCUUUCCCCCCUUACCCCCACACUGGGCCUUACAACAGAUUAACUUCCUGUUGUACUAAGCGCACCAUGCUAUGACAGUGCAAAUAUCUUAACUCGCUCAUUGUGGAAGGAAUCAGGACUCGUGCAAUACGUCAGCAGUUUUUGAAUACAAAAUUUUGAUGGACUUUAUCUUUCAUGGUCACAAUUGUAAAGAUUAAAAAUGAAAAUGUAUAUAUAUUAUACUUUGCCUGAGAUUAGGAAAGAGAUAGAGAAACCUUUUUGAUAAAAAAAACUUUAUCAUGCUGUUGAGGAUAAGAGUUUAACUACUAAAGAGUAGAUUAUUAAAUGGCGUUCAGUCAACUCGAUGCACUUUUCAGUGUUAUUUAUCUCCCCCUCCCCCUCCCUUCAUGAGUCAACGAAGCAGAUGUACGUUAGUGUUACUUGAGAACAUUCCUUGAUAAAUAUCUCACAGGUGGGCCCUUUUGUCAUUAAUGCCAAUGUAAGUAAUUCUGUGAGAUCGAUUAGUGUUGAAACUAUGUUGAACUUGAGAAAGGAGAUCCACUUUAUUCAGUGGCAGUGACUUGGUUCUUGCAGCCAGUAGCAUUUCUUCCCUCUUAGAUACCACAACAGCUCUUUAGAGGAAUAAGUGGAAUAUUUUAUAUGAUACUCAAAUGGUGCAUACAUCUGUUAAAUUAUAUAUAAAACUGUACAAAGAGGAAUUCCAUAAAGACAAUUGAAGUACUUAAAAACCUCUGAUGUGAUCAUUAAGCUAAUACAAAAGCCAUUCAUAUAAGGAGGGUCAAAGUAUAUUUUGGGUUGUGGAUAAUAGUUUUGAAAGCUGCUUCUGCAUUUAUCAAGAUUGUGAUGAUACUUGUUCUACAUUUAAAGUAUAAAUAACUUUUGAAGCUUUAUAGAACUUGUUCGUGUAUUUGAUGGAUGCAAUAUGGCCAAGUGGUAUUGGCUAAAUGUGGGAAAAAUUGGAUUUGUUAACUUUGGUAAUCCUCAUUCUUCUUAAAUAGGGGUUUGCUUGAUUAUACAUUGUAAUACUCUUUUUAAACAUUACUUGCAGUUGUUCAUUCUUUUUACCAAAGUGCAAGAUCAGUCAAUUGCAGUCUGUUGGAUUAAAAGUUAAAGAAAUGCAAAGAAGUUACACAAACCAAGAUUACUCAUUGAUUUUAAGGUAAAUAGUUUUAUAUGUAUAUAUAUAUAUAUAUAAAGUUUAUGUAUAUAUGUAUAAUAAAUUGGAUAGAAUUAAAGAGACAAUAACAUGUGAAAGUGGGACAGUGGCACUGUAGUUUGAAGAUGUGCAGGAGCGUGGACAAACAAACAAAAAAAAAUUUGUUGCGGGGGAUAGUAAUGCAACAGUUAAGACAUAGCAUACAGUACCUCAAUUGUCAUAUUACCCUGGUGCCCCACACACAGUAUAAAAUGAACCAGUUCCUCUUACUAUCUCAUGUUCCUGCAUAUUGCAGUGGUCUAUAGAAGUUUUUAAAACGGUAAUAUGUAACUGUUACAUAUGUGAAAGAAAGUGGUUAUAAGUAAAUUAAUAUGUAAGUCUUGGUUUAGCAUGUAGUUUGCUUCACUGCAGUGGUUGUUCGCUAUGUCUUCAUUUACUGAUCCCUAAUUUUGUUUGGACAUCGCAGAUGACUGAUACUACAGCACAAUACAAGCAACUGUGUCCCUAUCCCUUUUAAUGAUGCCCUCUUUUCAUUUCUAUCUAAUACAUAAUUAUAUAGAUAUAUAUAAAAUUGUAAAGCAAAGCACAAAAUAUGCUUGGUUGGCUUCUCUGUAGUGUGUAGACUCCUCUGUGUUGUACUGAUGGGGAGUCAGUCCUCAUGUAGUGACUCUUAACUGGCCUAAAUAGUGAAAAAGAGUCACUGGUUAAAAUUUGAAGAACUUGACUGCACUUGAAUGCUUUUGCUAUCUUUCUAGAACUUGUAUUCAUCUUUGUGUGAUGUAGCUCUAGGUUAUAAAAUUUGCGUUGUGAGGGCCAGACUCGUGCUAUGUGUAUCGUUUUCCAACACUGGACAAUAGCAUUUGAAGCUACACUCUGGUGUAGGACUGAGCCUUUUUUUGUGACUAAGCAUUCCAUAUACUUUUAUAGAAAGAGACGGGGUUUCUGUAUUACAGUACCUCACACUGUAAUCAAUGCAAUAAGAAAAGAUGUUCUUAAAUGUGUAGCUUUAGAUUGAGUGAUGAAUAUAGAUCCACUGGCCAGUGACUUCGUACAGACUGGUAACUGUCAAGAGUACCAUUAUUGUCCACAUGGCCUCUUGCCAGUUGGUUUGUUGUAGUCAUGACGUGUCCUGCCAGUUUCCUGUUAUAGUCCCUGCUCACUGAAGUAACAAAUUAAGAUUAACACACAUCUCAGUUUUAGUGUUCCGUGAAUGUUACUUUUGUGGGCGGCCAUUCUGGUUACGUGCUUCUCUCCCUUCCAUCCUAUUUCACCCAUAGCUAAUAGCUGUAGUCCUUUUUCUCCUUGCAUAAUAUUAUAUGUGCCAUGGGCUGACUGGUAAUGCUUUAAGCACAAGGACAUUCUGAAAACAAAACAAAAAAAGUGAGUUUGAUCUGUUUUGUGCUGUAAUUUCUAUGUAAUAACCAUUUAAAUAACUGUAUUUCAACAGUUAAAAGCUGUCAUGCUGCUGCUAUUGUUACUACUUCUACCUUGCAGUGCAUGUCUUCAUUGCUUCUGUCUAGUGUCACAUUGCAUUUAGGUGUAUGUAUUCAAUUGGUUGUAUUUACCCAAGGAAAUGAUUCACUACUUAAAUAAUUUCCAUAUAGCUGUAGACUUACAUGGGUAGUUCAGGAAACAUUUCUGAGUGUCAGGUGCCAUACUUCUAGUUUCAUUAAAUUAGCCAAGUGAUGAGGAGGAGGAGAAGUAUCAGCACUAGAGCUAGAGCUUUCACCUUACUUCUCUUGGUCAUUUAUUUUUGAGUAAUUUAUUACUAAACUUGUGGUAUUAAUGGGUUGGAUUUUGGUUGGAAUUGAGUUAUAGUACAAGAAAACAGCCAAUUGGAAACGCAAGGAAAAUAGGUUGAACUUCAGUCAGGAAAGCUAGAAUGAUUGCUAACUAGAAUGGCCAAAUUCUAUCCCAUUUAAUUUAUUGUGUUUGUUGUUAAGAGUAAGGAACUAGUCAGUUAUGAGUUGUUUUAGAGUACUUCAGUAGUUUUCUUGGUUAUAAGUAAAAGUACUUAAUACUGUGCUGUGUGCAGCCAUUUCAUCCCAAGGAUCUCUUGCACAUUCAGUUGUGAUAAGGUAGUAGGAAGCAAAACAUUAAAAUAUAUGGUUUGAAGUCUGACCACAUAUAAUGUGAAUUACUGUGAAGUCAAAGAUCAUGUCGAUGGACACAUUGUCAUCCAUUCUUACCCUUGAUUUGCUCGUCUAGGAAAACUUAAAAUUUAAAUCAUAUGUAAAAACGUUUUUGGAAUAUAUUACUUUAUUAGUAGGUUUUUCUUGCUUUUCAGUUUCACAACUGUUUUUGGGAUGUUUGGUCAGUUAAGCAGUGCCACUGCAUCUGCUGAAAAAGUGUGGUUGGAGGCUGGUUAUGUUUUUGUCUGUUGUAUAAAGUGAAAAUUACAUUAGGAAACUAAUAGCUUCCAAAUAUUUAUGAACCUAAUUUUGAGACUGUUGAUGCUUUUUUAGUAAAUUAAUAGUAGUGUGGCCAUUAAUUUGUUCCCAUAACAGUAUGUAUUACACAUUUAGUGCAUUAUUUAACUGUGUUAGAUAAAAGUAGAAUUGUAGGUAAAUGAUUGUUUAAGUGAUAAGCUGCAAUAUAUGAAGCUCACUUUGUUUUUCUAGUCUGGUGCUUGUAUGAUGUAUUGUUAAGAUAUAACAAUUGACCUCAGUGUAUAUGUGUACAUCUUUUCUAAAGUUUUACAAAUGAAAGAUUCACUAUGCAACACGUUAUCCUUGGUGUGAAGUGUCUCAGAAUAAAUGAAUAGAACGGAUGGUCAGGGAAUAAUAAUACAUAGGCCUAGGCUAUGUAUCGCUUCUUUCCUUUUCCAUUUGUCUUGAACCUCUUACCUGAGAACACUGUCCGAUUUACUCUACAGUUUUUAGACAUUACUAUACUCAGUGUCGUGGCAGUGGCAUUUCUAGUCAACUUUCUGACUGUCUAUUUUUCCAUGUUUACAUUAAUUGUUACAAAUUGUUCAAUUUUGUAAGCAAGGAAUAUAUUGCCUAUUCAUAAUAUUUUAAUAAAAUUAGUGUUGGACUAAAUAUGUUUUCACGUAUUUCUGGUUCCUAUAAAUUCAUGUAUUUCACUAAUUAUUGCUUUUUACUAGUUAAUAGUAUCAAUACCAGCAGUCCCUAUGAACUGUAUUUAUUCUCUUUGCUGAGAACAUAAGAUGAUCAGUUACCUUUUACAGUGAUGUGCUGGAUGAAUAAAAGACUAGCAAAAUUGCAUUUACAGUAAUACUAUUAACUAAAUUAAAUACUGUAAGAAAAAUAUUUAUUUAUGAGCAUACGAGUUCGAUACAGCAGCCUGAGUUGGGAUGAAUUUCCAGUAUCAUUAGUUAGGUCUUCACAAAUUUUAAAAUUUUGUGUAUAUUGCUGUUAAAUGUAUUAAAAUAUUAUUUCUCUACAUUUAAUCACCUAGUCAACAUGCUGAUAAAAAUUGUCAGUUCAGUUAAAAGUUAAAAGCUGUGUAAGAAAUUGUCUGGUAUGGUAUUAGCAGUCACAGAUUUUCCUUUAGUUGGUAGGGUAAUCGGAGGAGAAUGGCAGGUGCACACUGUAUUCUCUCUCUCUCUCUCUCUCUCUCUCUCUCUCUCUCUCUCUCUCUCUCUCUCUCUCUCUCUUUCUCUCUUUCUCUCCUCUUUUCCCUUUCUAUUUGUGCGUGUUUCUAUAGUCUCUAUCACUGUAACAAAAAUGCUUGGUUAGUUUCAUGCGUAAGCAAAUGUUUCCUUUCCAGUCAAACAGCUGUGAAAAAACAUCCAAUUGCAAUACAGUUUGGAGCACUUUCAAUUUGUGGCACAGAAAUUGUGAUCAGUGCUUGUGGCCUAUGUUCUCCUGGCAGUUAGUUACAUUCCUAGUGUUGAUGAAAGGUUUUAUCAUUCAGUAUUAUAUGACAAGCUUUUCUGUGAAAAGCAUGAAUUUACUGGAGUAGUCACAAUUCUACCUCCUGAAACUGCAAAUUUUAGUUGAGCAGUUCAGUGUACUGUCCAUGAAUAUAAAUAAAAUUCUAUGAAUUCAUGUAGUUUGAAAUGUGAGAAGCCGCAUUGGUUUAGCUUUAAAGAUAUUCCAUUAUAGCAGCACACAGAAUUCAUGUGACCUGCAGAUUUUUCAGUAACUGAAUAACUCUGCCUUUGGGAAAAAAUCAAAAUUAGAUAUUUAAAACUUGGAUUUAGUGUAUUACAUGUUUGAGGUUAACUGAAAGUUGUUUGAACACACACGCCUUUGUGUAACUCUUUCAAAGUACAAACCUUUCUGUUGUUACUCUCAGCUUUGCUUCCUCCUACCUUCUCACUGUGCAUUACUCGCAAUAGCCAACUAAAGGUGCUGAUAAGCUUUAGCAACAUGAGUGAUCAGUGGCUAAAUGACACUGUUGUACAAAACUUUCUGUGGAAAUAAUUUAAAUGCAGAAAAUAGAGGUUUUGGCUGAAUUCAAAGCUUCAGUACUGUUCUGACAAUAAAGUUCAGUAGUUACCAAUUGCUCUGGCAUGUCAGAACUCAACAGUUUUGUCGCAUUUGUGAUUAUGCACAAAUGCUUCAGGAAAUAAAUGAUCGAAAAUAUUUAUAAUUCACUGUGAUUAAACUACAAAAAUUUUGUUGGUGCUGUUGCUUUCAGUUAAAUUUUUCUUUUCUUGUGGCAGAAAGCAUUCAGUAAUGUGAUCUCCACUAAAAAAAAAAUAUAUAUAUAUAUAUAUCUCUGGCUGUUAAUGUAUUUUAAUAACUUACUUCCUGGGUACUCCGAACAUACUGUGAGUAGUCUUAUAGUAUGAUCAUUCACAUAUUGUACAGUGUACAGACUGUAAUGGUGUUCAGUAAUUAAACUGUUUACUACUUCUGGUAGUAUGAGUGAACUUGGUUUGAAAUGUACGUUUAACCAUAUAUUUCCUUUGUAACAUUUCUUUAAUUACUCAUAUCUUUAUAUAAAAACACUUAAUGAAAACAUCAAAAUACAACAAUACUGGGAAUUUAGAAGUAUUAUACUUGGCAAAGCCUAGCUGUAAACAGUAUUGAAGUCUUACAUAUCAGUAUUUUGCAUGUUAGAAUUGCCACGAUGCGGAUCAUUAUGGAAUGAAUGAAAACUCUCCUGAGAUCAUGACACUAUAUUGUGUACGAAUAGAUUCUCUAGAGGCUCCUAAUUUUAUUUCUGUGUGUUAAGCAUAAUCAGUUAGAGCAAAAAGUUCCCACUUGAUGUUGUGUGAAAUACUUAGUUGAAGUUUAUCAGCUUGUGCCCAAUUCAGGGGAAACCAAAGUAUUUAUUAAAUAUAGAUUUAACUUUGCAUUGACAUAGUUCUGAAUAUUUGUAUGUAGUAAAAUUACUUUCACUAUCUGAAUCAGAUCUUAAAGAUUUGAGCAGAAUUACUUCAUAAUAAUUGCAUUUCAGCUUAGUUUUUUGUUUAAGUUUUUUCAUAGAGAAAACAAAAACUUAUGUUCGUGCUCCAGCGUGUUCGAAAGUAAAAUUUGCUAUACCAAAAGCAAACAGAUUUCAUGUGCUGAACACGGUAAUUUUAUAUUCUAAUUCUUCACAAUUGUAAUUGUCAAAUAAGGAAAACGCUAAUGCAAACCAGUAGGUGACGACUUCAUCGAAGUACCUGAUAUCAGUACUAAAACUUUACUACAUGUUCAGAAUUACUUUCCAGCAGAAUGAAGUUUGGUUACCAUGUGCUGAUUCACCAGUUAUAGCUAAUUACCAGUAUCUAUAAUCGUAAGAAAUCAAAAAUGGUCAGGUUAAUCUACUUAUAUUGUUAGCACAUUUGAAAGUCAUUGAUUGCAUUUAUAUGUGUUUUGAUAUCUUUGUAAUUUAUAAAUAGUUUCUCUGAAAUAUAUAAUUUACUGGAUUUAAUUGUACUGUGUAAUAUUAUAUAUACAUAUACAUAUAUAUACACAUACAUUAUCAUAUUCUUGUUAUUUUGCCUACCUUGAAAGCAGAUAAUCCACCAUACAAAAGGCCUAACUCUGCUCCAUUCAAAGUUUCUCACUACUGUCAUUAUUUUUUUUAUUUUGAUUAGAAGAGGAAGUGAAAAUAAAUAACUGAAGAAGC